GCAGAGCAUAUUUGAAGGCGCGCUGAGAUAGGCCGUAAAAGAGUUAACAUAAUUCGUGAGGUUUUCUUUUUACGGUCUUUAAUUUAAUUUAAUUUAAUUUAACUGUUCUUCUCCCGCCCCAUCCCCAGAUAGCAUCCGUGCGGCCAUUUCUACAGAGACCUGCUGAAUAGGUAAGAGUUUCUGAGCUUUAUGAGCAUAAGUUUCGUAUUAGGGUUCCAUUUCCGCUUCUCAGUUUCGUCUAAGGGUUUCGAUUUGUGAACAUCAAAUGCUUUCUUGUUUCACAGUCUAGACUUGUAUGAUUUGAGACCACCUGUGAUAGCCGUUGAAGAAAGGGAAUGAGAAGUGAAAUUGAGCUUAAUAGAAAUGCGCAUUUAAGUGAGUGUGAGCUUGAAGACCACAUAUGGGUCAUAAACAGUUUCCUGUAAGACCCAGUUCUUGGGAAAUUGUAUGGUCUUAUAUGGGGUCAUAAGUCAUAACCAGUUUUGUUUUGAAGGCCAAACCAUUAGACAGAAAUAAAUAAAUAAAAAAUAGCACGGAAUAGCCUUUUCUAGCCCCCCCCCCUCUACAGGUAACUCUCCGCCAUAGUUUCUGACCCCAUACAAGUUUUCAGAACCCUAGCCACUUAGUGUAAGAAACUUCCAUUGUUAAACAAUUUGUUCAUCAGUUCACUGGUUCAAAUUUCUCUUUUGAAUGUCUAUUGGAGAAUUGGGAGGGAGAGAUAGGGCUUUGUUUCAUUCUACCGUUACAGUUCAUUUAAUUUGUGUUUUUUACUCAAUUUAUUCUUAAGUCACAACAAACAGUUUUAGAGGAUUUUUGUGGGUUUAUUCGACAUUGAAGCGCUUUACGCAAAGCUCUAUAAAGAGUACAUUAAUCUCAAGAAAGGAAAAUAUACAGAGAUGGAGAAGAUGAUACGAGAACAAGAAGAGAAGUUCAAGAAGCAUGUUGCUGCUGCUCGUGACAAAGAAAAGAACUUGAAAAGUCAAAUAGAAAAACUGUCCCGGCAAGUGCAUGAGUUGAGAAGUGAAUUGUCAUCAGUGAGAUCUACCAACAAUGAGCAACUAAUUCACUACCAAAAUCAACUGAUGGAAGCGAACCUAAAAAAUAAAGAUCUCUCUGAAGAAAUUGCUAGGCUUAGAACUGUUGAGCGACUGAGACAAGACAACAACCCUUCCCGAGAUGAUGAAAACGGACAAGCAAAUAAUCAUGUGGAUGUUUCAUCUCGUGCAAUGAAGCGUAAAAGGCAAUCUCCUUCUCUUAGCAUUGAAUAUCCAGUAAAUGAUGAUACAUCUAUUGUUGCCAGGAAGGGAACCUUAGAUGUCCACAUGAAGGAAUCUGCUAAAGAGUUAUUAUGUAAGAAAAUGAUAGAGGCUCCAUGUUGUAGAAGAACAAAAAAUGAUUCAGUUGCUUUAGCAAAUGAGGCAGCUGAUGCAGAACGUGUAACCUGUAUGUUCCAAGAACUGGUUGAGUGCAUUGUUCAGAUGAAACUAUCACCACAUAAGGAGAAUGAGGAAAAUUUUAUCUCGUUCCUACACGAACACAGUGGUUAUUCAUUUACUUUAAGAUUGAUAGAAGACCCAGAUGGAGAAGCAGAAUGGUUAUACCAGCUUUUGUCACUGGGAACUCUGGAUAGAGUAGCAAAAACUUGGAUGAGAGAAGAUGUGAUAAAGUUCAGUACAAGUAUGUGCCCCGUCAUCUUCCAAGGGCUGUCUCGUGUUAUUGAGCUUAGUAUAUAGUUAAAUAACUGCUGGUUAGCGGGGUUUGUAUUUUAUCAGCUGGUUGUGGUUAGAUAAGCUUUCAGCAUUCAAAUUUGUUCAGCAUUAUUUAGUCAGUCAUGCAAGUAAUUAAUUUUUCUGCUAGUCUUUCCUAUCGACGUGCCAGCAUCAGUAAAUUUGACACCAUGACGUUUUAGUUAUUAUUUUUUCAUUUCAAAGUACAUUGUGUAUCUUAUUCAAUCUAAUUUGAUUGGG